UCUGUCAUGAAAAUGUCACUUUUUGGUUAAAACUAUUGAAAACUUACAAAUUUUGAACAUCUAAAUUUUAGUUUUCUGAGCUGGGGCAUUUUUCUUUCUUGCCUUUAUAAUGGUGUGCCGCUUUAAUCCCUUUUAUAUAGGACCAGUGCCGCCAAGCUGCUGUACGGAUCUGAAUCCUGAUUGUAAUUGCCCAGCCUGUUCGCCAGAUACUGGGUAUCAGGAGCCUCGACCCGUUAAUGAGGACUGCAAGGGAGUAUCCAAAAAGGAGACCAAGGAAAGCAAAUGUAAUCCACCAUGCAAAGAAGCCCCCAAGAAAGAAAAGUCUAAGAAGCCCAAAAAGAAAGAUACUAAAAACACAAAAUAAAAAGAGUUUUUGCCAAUA